UCGCCCGGCCGCGGUCUCCGUCGCCCGCGCCCGCCCCGCCGCCGCCCCUCGGCGACUAUGGCGCCCCGGGGCCCCCCGCAUUCCCCGAAGGGCCCCGGCCCAGCCGCUCGAGCCUCGAGCCCGGGGGCGCCGCCGCCGCCGCCGCCGCGCUCGCCGCGCUCGCCGCCGCUCCUGCUGCUGCUGCUGCUGCUGGCCGCCUGCGGGGCGGCGGGGCGCUCCCCCGAGCCCGGGCGCCUGGGUCCCCGCGCGCUGCUGACCCGGGUACCGGCGAGCCCGCCCGCGGGGCGCGCGCUGCCUGGCGGCGACGAGGACCGGCAGGCGCGCGGCGCGGAGCCCGGCGUCCCGGGGCUCGGUCCCGCUCCAGGUCCCGGCGAGGACGGCGCCCCCGCCGCGGGCCAGGGGCGCUGGGCGCGGGCGGCUCCCGGGGCCGGAGCGGCUUCGCGGGCGCAGGUCUCGCUCAUCAGCACGUCGUUCGUGCUCAAGGGGGACGCAACGCACAACCAGGCGAUGGUGCACUGGACGGGCGAGAACAGCAGCGUGAUCUUGAUCCUGACGAAGUAUUACCAUGCAGACAUGGGGAAGGUUCUGGAAAGUUCUCUGUGGCGGUCCUCGGACUUCGGGACAUCCUACACCAAGCUCACCCUCCAGCCUGGCGUCACCACGGUCAUCGACAACUUCUACAUUUGCCCUACGAACAAGAGAAAGAUUGUCCUGCUGAGCUCCUCGCUCAGUGACCGGGACCAGAGUCUGUUCCUCAGCACGGAUGAGGGGGCCACCUUCCAGAAGCAGCUCAUCCCCUUCUCGGUGGAGACUCUGAUUUUCCACCCCAAGGAAGAGGACAAGGUCCUGGCCUACACCAAGGAGGGCAAGCUCUAUGUGUCAUCGGACCUGGGGAAGAAGUGGACACUUCUGCGGGAGCGAGUGACCAAAGACCACGUGUUCUGGGCCGUGUCUGGGGUGGACGCCGACCCUGACUUGGUCCACAUGGAAGCCCAGGACCUCGGAGGAGGGUUUCGCUAUGUCACCUGCCAGAUCUACAACUGCUCCGAGAAGACUCUGACGGCUCCAUUCCCGGGUCCCAUCGACCAAGGCUCUCUGACCGUGCAGGACAAUUACAUCUUCUUCAAGGCAACUUCAACCAACCGGACCAAAUACUACAUCUCUUAUCGUCGCAGUGAAUUUGUCCUGAUGAAGCUGCCAAAGUACGCGCUGCCAAAGGACCUGCAGGUCAUCAGCACGGACGAGAGCCAGGUGUUUGUGGCGGUGCAGGAGUGGUACCAGACGGACACCUACAACCUGUACCAGUCGGACCCACGUGGCGUGCGCUAUGCGCUGGUCCUGGAGGACGUGCGCAGCUCCCGGCAGGCGGAGGACAGCGUGGUCAUCGACAUCCUCGAGGUCCGAGGGGUGAAAGGGGUCUUCCUGGCCAACCAAAAGACUAAUGGGAAGGUGGUAACACUUAUAACCUACAACAAGGGCCGUGACUGGGAUCGCCUGAGGCCCCCGAGCACGGACAUGAACGGGAAACCCACCAACUGCGAGCCCCCGGACUGCCACCUCCACCUGCACCUGCGAUGGGCAGACAACCCCUACGUGUCAGGCACCGUGCACACCAAAGACACUGCUCCGGGCCUCAUCAUGGGUGCAGGUAACCUGGGCUCUCAGCUGGUGGAAUAUAAAGAAGAAAUGUACAUCACGUCGGACUGUGGCCAUACCUGGAGGCAGGUGUUCGAGGAGGAGCACCACGUCCUCUACCUGGACCACGGCGGCGUGAUCGCAGCUAUCAAGGACACCUCCAUCCCCUUGAAGAUCCUCAAGUUCAGCGUGGACGAAGGCCUGACCUGGAGCACGCACAACUUCACCAGCACCUCUGUGUUCGUGGACGGGCUGCUGAGUGAGCCGGGGGAUGAGACACUGGUCAUGACCGUCUUUGGCCACAUCAGCUUCCGCUCCGACUGGGAGCUGGUGAAGGUGGACUUCCGCCCCUCAUUCUCCAGGCAGUGCAGUGAGGAGGACUAUGGCUCCUGGGACCUGACCGACCUGAAGGGGGACCGCUGCAUCAUGGGCCAGCAGAGAAGUUUCCGGAAGAGAAAGUCCACGUCCUGGUGCAUCAAGGGGCGGAGCUUCACAUCGGCGCUCGAGUCCCGGGUGUGCAGGUGCCGGGAAUCGGACUUCCUCUGCGACUAUGGAUUUGAGCGCUCCCCCUCCUCGGAGUCUGAGGCCAACAAGUGCUUUGCCAGCUUCUGGUUUAAUCCCCUGUCCCCACCAGACGACUGUGUCCUGGGCCAGACCUACAGCAGCAGCCUCGGGUAUCGGAAGGUGGUGUCCAACGUGUGUGAGGGCGGCGUGGACCCCCGGCAGAGCCCCGCGCAGCUGCAGUGUCCACUCAUGCGGCCCCGGGGCCUGCAGAUCAGCAUCCGUGGCGAGGCAGUGGCCGUGCGGCCUGGAGAGGACGUCCUGUUUGUGGUGCGGCAGGAGCAGGGUGACAUCCUGACCACCAAGUACCAGGUGGACCUGGGGGAUGGCUUCAAGGCUGUGUACAUGAAUCUGACACUGACUGAGGACCCCAUCCGGCACCGCUACGAGAGCCCCGGCGUCUACCGCGUGUCUGUCAGGGCAGAGAACGUGGCUGGGCAUGACGAGGCCGUGCUCUUUGUCCAGGUCAACUCCCCCCUACAGGCCCUCCACCUUGACGUGGUUCCUGUGGUCGGCGUCGACCAGGAAGUAAACCUCACAGCCGUGCUGCUGCCCCUCAACCCCAAGCUCACUGUGUUCUACUGGUGGAUCGGCCAUAGCCUGCAGCCCUUGCUCUCCUUGGAGAACUCCGUGACCACACGGUUUGCAGACCCAGGGGACGUACGUGUGACGGUGCAGGCGGCCUGUGGAAGCUCAGUGCUGCAGGACUCCACGGUGGUCCGCGUGCUGGACGAGUUCCAGGUGGUGGCUCUACACUUUUCCAAGGAGCUGGACGCCCACAAUCCCAACACCCCUGAGUGGAGAGAGGACAUCGGCCUGGUGGUGACGCGGCUGCUGUCCAAGGAGACCAGCGUCCCUGAGGAGCUCCUGGUGACAGUGGUAAAGCCAGGACUGCCUACCUUGGCCGACCUGCACGUGCUCCUGCCCCCUCCCAGGCCCACGAGGAAGAGGAGCCCCACCAGUGACAAGAGACUCACCGCCAUCCAGCAGGUGCUGAAGGCACAGAAGAUCAGCUUCCUUCUGCGGGGCGGGGUCCGGGUCCUGGUGGCCAUGAGGGACACAGACACAGGUUCUCAGAGGCUGGGAGGCGCUGGUGGCUACUGGGCAGUGGCGGUCCUCUUGGUCAUCGGACUCUUCGCGGUGGGCGUGUUCAUUCUCUACAAGUUCAAAAGGAAACGCCCCGGGAGGACCGUGUAUGCCCAGAUGCACAAUGAAAAGGAGCAGGAAAUGACGAGCCCCGUGAGCCACAGCCAGGCCGUCCAGAGCGCCAUCCAGGGUGAGGAGUUUAUAGAUGAUGAUCUCGACUCGCAGACUCUAGGGAAUCACUCCGGCGUGGUCCUGAGUAUCAACUCCCGAGAGAUGCACAGCUACCUGGUGAGCUGAUGUCCCCAACGCCGCGCCCGGGACACUCGCCUCUGCGCCGUCUCAGCCCCGGAGGGCACCGGUGCCCGGACCCGCGUCCCAUCGGAGACCUGCGGAAGCACCACCUCCUCCAGCUGUCCCCACACACGGGGGAUAGACGUCCCCUCUUCAGCUCACGCCCGCCCAGCCCACAAGACGCUCGGGGAGGGGCCUGCGGACCCCUUCCCCGCCCCCAUCCCCUGGACACCAGGCCCUGGGCGCCACCCGCUCUCCCCACCCUGCUCUGAGCUUGUCUCUGCCCCUAGCCCCUGUGGACCACAGGCUGCUGAUGCCUAUUGUCCCAGCCCGAGGCCUGGCCUCCCUAGGGGGAGGUGAGCCCGUCAGGCGGCCCUGCAGGCCCUGUCCCAGCACAGGGGCAGGAGUCCUGCUUUCUUCCUCAUCACCCCAGGGAGGGCGGCUCCUACCCGGGAUGGCCUUCUUCCUGGGGUGUCCCCCUGAAUCCAGAAAGCCUCUGCCCCAGGCCCCACCCCUGCCCCAGGCUCUCUGAAACAGCCCUCCAUGCCUCCCUCUUUCCGCCUCCUUUUAAACUGCAGAUGAUGUAAAUACCUCUCUAGGCAGCUGUUUGCGUUUUGGGGGUUCGCUCCCCUUUCUAGUCUCAACGGCCAGGCAGUAGCCAUCUGCGUUGCUUUCUCAGAGCCCCUGCUUGGGGACCCUUCCUGGAGGGCCCAGAGGGGCCAACACUCUCUCAGCUUUGUCCCCCCUGGCCCCCCCCUCGUGCUUCCCAGGCUCCCUGCCCACCCACCAGGUCUCCUCCUCCCCACAGGCAUGGAGGGAGUACCCCUGCCCCAGGGGCACCAAGGGUCCCAUGCUUCCCAGCAGUUGGAGGAACCUGGGUGGGAGCCCAGGGACGAGCCAAGGUUUUGGAUGGCAGAGCAAAAGGGCCCUCUAGGAGUGUGCCCCUCCUUCUGAAGGUGGAGAAAUUUUUGAGGCCCAGAGAGGGAGUGACUUUCCCCAAGUCAUAACAGCAACACCACGGCCGCCGAGGUGCCCCAGGGACCAGCCCUGCCCUGCCCUCCGGUGCAGGGAGUCUGCUCACUCACAGAUGCCUAGAAUCAGGGACACUAGCCUCAGUCUACACAUGUGAAUAUAUGGGGGGGGGGUGUUCACCUUUUGCCUUGAAACCGGAACUCAGUAUUCUCCCUCCCUUCCUCCCUCCACCCCUCUGCCUCUCCCUGUCCCUCUUCCCUCCUUGGCCUCCCUCUACCCCUCCUCCUCUCCCCUCCCAGCAGGGCUCUCCCUGGCCCAGGGCCUUUCCUUAGGGGAUAGGGACACCAGAGCCCAGGCUAGAUGCUCCCAGGCUCCUAGUGAGUCCAGAAUGAAGCCUAGCAGGGCACUGCCCCAUGUCUCCUAGAAGAGGACCAUGGCCUGCAGGAGGGGAGGCCCAGGGACGCACCCUCAGACCCACAACAGCCCCCCCAACCCUGCACGCAGGAGUCACUUAGUCUUUGUGUUACAGAUAGGGACUCUGAGCCCGUGGGGAGGAAGGGGUCACAGGACGUCACCCGCCAGGUGGAGGAGGCCCCCUGCUCACCAGCUGUUGCUUCUGGGCCCCACUCCAGAAGUUACCCUCUAGGUUGUUCUCAAGACCCUCAAGAGAAGGGCUGGGGCCUGAGGACCCAGGGACAAGUUGCAGGUGUGGUCACUGUGGGGAGAGGCCGGGAUUCUUUGGAUUUUUGCACCGCUUCCUUCCAGCCCGUUAGCAGCCUCCAAAGACAACUUCGGGAGCCCAGUGUCCUGCUGUCCACCCCCACCCCACUUGCCCCAUGAGCCUCAGAUGCACAGGGUCAGACACCUGUCAGCACCAUCCUGGUCCAAGGUCAAGGUCAGCAUGGAGUCCCCCGGCCACAGCUCUCCACCCCGCAGCUCACCAGUGCCUGCGGGUGACAACCCUUGACCUUCUUUGACCACUCGACUUCAUUCUCUCUCCUGCUUGGGUAGGGUUGUGGUUGUUCUUCCCCCUUAGUUAUUUGUGUUUUUCUGGUAUUUUAUUAUUUCUACGAAGAGUAUUUUGAGCGUGUGGACCCAAGAGUCCGGGAAUCAGGCGACAUCUGACACGACCUUAUGUGUGUCCAUGCCCAUGACCGUAGAGAUGAGCGUGUAGGUCUGUGGGGGAACGGGGUACACACUUGAGGUGCUGCACGUCUGCGGGCCGGUGUACGAGGCGCUGGGGACACAGCGCGGUCUGCACAGGCAGCCGACGCUUCAUUCGAACGGGCUAUGCCCAUACUUGGUAUAUGCACAUAACAAAGACGCGAAAAAUCCUUUCUUAUUUUUCCUUUUUAAAAAUCAAUAAAUCAUUUGUGAUGCUUUUAACAAAGA